GGUUUGUUUAUACCUAGAGCCAUACCUUUCCCCCUAAGUCCGAACUAUGCUAGUUGACAUUUGACAGUUGUCGGUUCUCACAUAGGAGAUUUGACAAUGAGUAAACGAGCUCCGAAUUUUUCCCAACUAGAAGAGCAGAUAUUAACAAAAUUAGUGUUGAAAUUCGCGAGUAUUUUGGAGAAUAAAAAAACCGACGCCGUUACGACAAGAAAAAAAUCCGUCUGUUGGGAAAAGAUCACCGGCGAUUUCAACACAACGCCGGGUUGUGCAUUAAGGUCGGCUGUAAACCUUAAAUGUAAGUAUGAGAAUUUAAAAAAGAAAAGGCAAUGGAGAAGAACACAUACAGGGUCGGAACCGGAGGGCAACCACUUAAGGACCAGUCCGAGUAUGGACAGGACUCUGGAAGAGAUUUUGGAAUGCCAUUUGAAAGAGAAACCACACCAGUCUGACGAUGCUGAAAUCACCAACAUUCAAGUUACCCCAGAAGUUGAAUCCUGUUUUGCUCCAAAAAUUGAUCAUGUCAUGUCUACUAAUGAGGUCGAUAUCAGUCAGGUCAAAGUUGAACCAGGCAGCUCAAAUCAGACAGAAUCAGACUGGACAGACGAUAGUGUAGACAAAGCGAGAAAUCUUACGCCUACAUUUCAGAAAAGCCCACGGAAACAUCAGUGGUCUGAUAUAGAGUCGCAGUCGUCUGCUAUGAAGGCUUCGACAGCUGAAACGACAAAAGCCCUGCAAGAGGAACUAUUCCAUUUCCGAAAACAGUUAUUAUUAGAAGAACAUGAAUUACAAUUAAAGCACAUGCGGGAGAAGCAUUCUGAAGAGAUGAAGGAGCAGGCUUUAAAAAUUAAACAUAUGUGCGAGAAGCAUGGCAAAGAGAUGAAAAUAUUACGCAAGAAAAACGAAUUAUGCGAUAUACAAAUUUUAACACAAUUAAAAUAAUAUUGUAUAUAUAUCACAAACACAUAUCUGUAAAUUCUAGUUGUAAAUAAAAUAUA